AUGACUCAUAUAAACUUUCGCAUCUUUGCAUCCACCGUAGUUCCUGCUAUCAAUCCCGAUAUCGUGAUUCACACGGGCGAUAUUACGGAUGGAUGGAUUGAGGGAUUGAAGAGUGGCGAUAUUGUUGAAGAAUGGGAAAUGUACAAAUCUACCCUUGUCGAACAUGGGUAUUUCAACAACUCAUUCUGGCUCGAUAUUCGAGGAAACCACGAUAAUUCGAACCAGCAAAGCGGCAUUCGCCACAGCUACUACAACUACAGCACCUGGGGACACGAGGGACCCGUAUUCAACAAGGUCUAUACCCGACCAUUCGGCCGCUACUGUUUCAUCGGUCUCGACGCAACGCUGAGUCCCUCCCCCGGCGUGAUGAUGACGUAUUUCGGCUACGUUUCUUCCGUAAACCGCGCGAAGCUCCUCGAUUCUCUCCGUUCCGACACCCAAUCCUGCAACCACACCAUCGUGUUCACGCACUACCCCACGAUGUACCUCAAUUCGCCCGCGCUGCACGCGAUUUACCGCGACAACGCGCCCUCCUUCGUGCUCUCCGGACACGUGCACGCCACGCUGGGGAACCGCGCGAACGUUGGCUCGGUGGAUCGGACUGAGUUGCAGGCGAAGAUCAACCCGCGAACCAUCGAAUGCGUGGUUCGCGACUUCAAACGAAAGCGAAUGUUUGUUGAACUAAUGAAUGAAUGA